UUUGGUGGUCCGUCGCUUUCAAGUGAAACAAAUACCUUCCCUCCUUGUAUAUAGGGCAAAGGCCAAGAACGAACGAAGCAAAAUCAGCAUUCUUUCUUUCUUGCGUCAAUCAAACCCAGAAAAGCUUUUCUCAUCAUCGUCUCUAAAGACAUAAUCAUGGAUUCAUCUCCCUUCCUUGUUCUUCUUUUUCUACUCUUGAGCUUUUUCUGUGUAUCUAAUGCCAGAGAACUAAAAACUACCCAUUCUACAUCUGUUUAUGAUGAUUCAGGUUUAGAAAUCAACCGGAAGCCUAAUUUAUGCUCAUUGUGUGAAGAAUAUACUGCAGAGGCAGUUCUUUACAUUUCUCAGAACAAGACACAGACUCAGAUCAUUGAAACCCUACACAAAUCAUGUUCUCGCAUGCUUACUUUUGAGAAGCAGUGCAUAACAUUGGUGAACUAUUAUGCACCCAUCUUCUUCUUGGAGCUACAAACAACACAACCUAAAACCUUAUGCCAGAAAUUCAAUCUUUGUCAAGAAGAAAAACAAGUAAUGGUUGUUUAUCAACACCUUCGUGAGGAUAAGUGUGAAAUCUGCCAACAUGUAAUAUCAGAAGCUCGAACUAAACUAAAAGAUCCCGACACUCAGUUGGAGAUUAUUGAAGUGCUUCUCAAGGCAUGUAAUUCUAUCAAGGGACAAGUGAAAAAGUGUAAAACAAUGGUGUUAGAGUAUUUACCGCUGAUCCUUGUCAAUGCCGAGCAUCUUCUCGAGUCAACAGAUAUCUGUAAAACAAUGCACGUUUGCCCUUCAUCGUCAUCCAUCAUCAUUAGGCAAGCAGCACCAUUAAUGGAAGAUAAAACAUCUGUUGUCUCUGUAUUGUAAAACAAUGCAUGAAUAUACAGCCUCUGAAAAAGAAGAACAGUGUGUAUUUUGCUUGUACAAAAAUAAGAUUCACAUUUGAAAAUACUCUACCGUUGUGUUGUUUAUCUAAUACAUUUUAAAAUUUAUGAAGUUCAACAAUUACUCACUAGUUUUGUGUGA